CCGCCCGUUGCUAGGCGGUGCGGAGGCAGCGGCGGCGGCACCUGGAGACCCUGCCCCAAGUGAUGCUGGUAGGCGCUGCGGGGCCAUGGUGGUUAGUGGGCCUCAGGCAACUAUGGAGAAAGAGCUUCGAAGCACCAUUCUCUUUAAUGCAUCAAAAAAGGAGAUAUUUACUACCAACAGUGGCUAUAAGUCCUUGCAGAAAAGACUUCGUAGUAACUGGAAGAUUCAGAGUUUAAAAGAUGAAAUCACAUCAGAGAAGUUGAUUGGGGUAAAAUUGUGGAUUACAGCAGGACCAAGGGAAAAAUUUACAGCUGCUGAGUUUGAAGUGCUAAAGAAAUAUCUUGAAAGUGGUGGAGAUAUCCUUGUUAUGCUAGGAGAAGGUGGUGAAUCCAGAUUUGACACCAAUAUUAACUUUCUACUAGAAGAAUAUGGGAUCAUGGUUAACAAUGAUGCUGUGGUGAGAAAUGUAUAUUACAAAUAUUUCCAUCCUAAAGAAGCUUUAGUAUCCAAUGGGGUCUUGAACAGGGAAAUAAGCCGAGCUGCAGGAAAAGCUGUGCCUGGAAUAAUUGAUGAGGAAAGCAAUGGAAACAAUGCCCAGGCUCUCACCUUUGUAUAUCCAUUUGGUGCCACACUGAGUGUAAUGAAACCAGCGGUAGCUGUUCUAUCAACUGGGUCUGUCUGCUUUCCUCUUAACAGACCCAUUCUGGCUUUCUACCACUCUAAGAACCAAAGUGGAAAGUUGGCAGUGCUAGGUUCUUGCCACAUGUUUAGUGAUCAGUAUUUGGAUAAAGAAGAAAACAGCAAAAUCAUGGAUGUAGUUUUCCAGUGGCUCACCACAACAGACAUCCAUUUAAACCAGAUUGAUGCAGAAGACCCAGAGAUUUCUGAUUAUACCAUGUUGCCAGACACCGCUAUGUUGUCAGAGCGACUUCGAGUGUGUCUUCAGGAAGGUGAUGAGAACCCACGUGACUUCACAACUCUCUUUGACUUAUCCAUUUACCAGCUGGAUACCACUUCCUUAUCUAAAGUUAUCAAAGCUUACGAACAACUCAAUGUGAAGCACGAGCCUCUGCAGCUCAUCCAGCCUCAGUUUGAGACUCCACUGCCUGCCCUUCAGCCAGCUGUUUUUCCUCCCAGUUUCAGAGAAUUACCACCACCUCCUCUGGAAUUGUUUGACUUGGAUGAAACUUUCUCUUCAGAGAAAGCACGGCUUGCUCAAAUUACCAAUAAGUGUACUGAAGAGGACCUGGAGUUCUAUGUCAGGAAGUGUGGUGACAUUCUGGGAGUGACUAGUAAACUACAGAAGGAUCAGCAAGAUGCUAAACAUGUUCUGGAGCACAUAUUCUUCCAAGUUGUGGAGUUUAAGAAACUGAAUCAGGAGCAUGAUGUUGAUACAACUGAAGCUACAUUUCAUAGCAAUUACUGAGUAUAGUGUCUCUUACCAGACCAGAAGAGGGGGAGAUACUAGAACAGCUAACUUGCUGUCUGGUCUCUCACUAUAAACUCUUUUCUAACUGUUUUUCUAUAUAUUUGUCAAAAUUGCCUCUCCACUAUGAGCCAUGCACUUUUAUAUUGUAAAUAGGUACAAAGUGAAAGAUUCUAUCUUCUGUAGUGACUAGGCAGGUGCACUAUGACGACUGCUAACUAUCAAAAUUAUUAUGUAAGAUAAAUGUCCCAUAUUCUUUUUUUUAUUGGAGCUAUACUUUUGUAAUAUGAGAAAUAUUCUUACAUUAAAAUGUUCUCUUUCAAUUCCA